GCGCAAGGAUCGUGAAUUCGACUUGGCCAAUCAUACCCGCCUCUCAUUGGCCAUCUACACCACGGACACUGUAACCGGUUCUCCGACGGACUGUGUCGGGGAGGCGGCUGUAUCAGAUCAACCGAACACACCGCAGGUCGUGCGAGUCGGGAAUCAUUCAUGAUAAUGCCAGAAUACUUGGGGAACACUCUGGCUGCGGGACACGAUGUAAAUGCACUCUGCUUGAAUUCGUCUUUGGAGUAAAGAAGCUGCAUCGUCGGGUCACGUUACACACCCACCCUGCGAACGAGGCAGUCCAAGCCUGGCAAUGCGUGGCGGAUGGAAGUCCGAGGGCGUUGCGGGACAGACCAAAGCUCUGAAGAUGACCUAUAUCGGGAAUCGCACGAGUACAGUCUGCUGAAGGCUGAUUCGACGGAUCAUACCAAAUGGCAAAGCAUGGAUGGAGAGGAAUGGGGAAGGAGGCCGAGCGGCUCGUUUGU